AUGGCUCCGACAAGGCUUCAACUACAGAAUCAGUCGCAAAGAUCUAAUGAAACCUUUAAGGAAUAUGCUCAAUAUUGGAGCGAAAUGGCGUCUAGGGUUCAACCAACAUUAUCUAACAACGAAUUAUUGGAUAUCUUCAUGGGUACAGUGCAAGGGCUGUAUUUUGAGAAGAUGAUCGACAGUUCGUCGACAAAUUUUGUUGAUAUGGUAACCACCGGGGAACACGUUGAGAGUGGGCUAAAAUCAGGGAAAAUCACAGAUACGACCGCACAGAAGACAACCAACAAGAGGUCGCAUGGGGGCUUCUCUAAAAAGAAUGAGGGGGAAGCAAACGCUCAACCGCCAUUCCAGUACCAACCGCAGAAAGGUAAUCAGAAAUCGACACCCGCUCAAAAAAAUCCAAACCAACAAUGCAAUCGUGAUAACAAAGGACAAAAUCGAGGUCAGAACAACAAAAACAAUUUUGGUAACCGACCCCAAAUUGACAAGAUUUCGGUGUUGUAUUCCAAACUGGUACCCUAUCUGAUUCAUGUGGGAGCUAUCGUACCAAGAGAAAUACCCGCGACCACUUCUCCAUUCCACGCCAAGCACGAUCCUAACACUUCAUGCGUUUAUCAUGAUGGAUUCAUAGGGUAUUCUACAGAAGAUUGUUGGGCACUCAAAUACAAAAUCCAAGAUUUGAUCAAUCAAGACAUCCUGACUUUCUCUAGAGAAAAACCUAAUGUAAAGACAAAUCCUUUAUCGAAUCACAGCGGUGCAGUGGUCAACGCUGUGAUUGAAGAGGAAAAUACUGAAGCUAUACUAAGAGCCAAAGAAGUGAAGACUCUGAUGUCCGUUGUAUUACAGAAGCUUGAACAAUUUGGGUUUCUAAAAGGUGUGCAUGAUGAUUGUACAGUAUGCAAGUUUGAUCCGGAUAAUUGCGACCAACUGAGGGGUUGUGUGCAAGAGUUAAUGGAUCAAGGGUUGAUACAAUUCUCCAAGUCUCAGGCAGCAGAGGAGGUGGUAGUAAUUGAACCAAUAACAAUUGUGUACAGAAAAAAGAAGGUUGAAGCUCCUCCCAAGAGGAUUCUGUCGAUCCAUUUCCGUGUUCCCACUCCGUUCCCGUAUUAG